GGGCAUUUUGAGAAUCUUCUCCGACGACUCCACUUUCCUCCCUCGAUAACGCGAGCUCAAUCUCCAACUUGAGGAAGAGAUCGCGAUCGGAAGGUCAAAUUUUCUCAGGAUUCGUUUCUUUGUUCUUCCCGGCGGAGCCAUGUCAUCCUUCAGCGGCGACGAGACAGCUCCGUUCUUCGGUUUCCUCGGGGCCGCAGCCGCCCUCGUUUUCUCCUGCAUGGGAGCGGCGUACGGGACGGCGAAGAGCGGCGUCGGUGUGGCGUCGAUGGGCGUGAUGCGGCCGGAACUGGUCAUGAAGUCGAUCGUGCCCGUGGUCAUGGCAGGAGUGCUCGGGAUCUACGGGUUGAUCAUCGCUGUGAUCAUCAGCACCGGGAUCAACCCUAAGGCUAAGUCGUACUACCUCUUUGAUGGAUACGCUCAUCUCUCUUCCGGGCUCGCUUGCGGUCUUGCCGGUUUGUCUGCGGGCAUGGCGAUCGGGAUCGUCGGCGAUGCUGGCGUCCGGGCCAAUGCACAGCAGCCAAAGUUGUUUGUCGGCAUGAUUCUUAUUCUCAUUUUUGCCGAAGCGCUGGCACUCUAUGGCCUCAUUGUUGGUAUCAUUCUUUCCUCGCGUGCCGGUCAAUCCAGGGCAGAUUAGUCACCUAAGCUGCUACUUAUUGCAUCUGCGUAUGACUUGUGCUCCUUGCACUUGCGGCCUUUUCUUGAUUUUGCAUCCAUUCUGAUGGUUAUGUUUGUACCAUUAUAACUUUUCACAAACUACAUAUUUUGAGAGAUUGUUUUGGUUACCAUGCAAAUCUGUGAUGUAGAUUUGCUAAUAUCAUCUCUGAUGGAUAAAUAAUUGUUAUUAUUCUUAUACGAGAUCCACUCAAAGAUGCUUCUGCUUUCUUGCUUUA